GGACAGCCAGUUCCGCUGCGUCAAUUCCGGGAGCAGCAUGGGCUUGUGCAUACCCUGGGAGAAGAAAUGCGACCGCCACUGGGACUGCUAUGAAGGAGAGGACGAAGAUGACUGUCCUUGCAAGACGUCAGAGUAUAAGUGCAAGGGACGAGGGGGCUGUAUCCCAAGGAAACAUGUUUGUGACGGGAAAAGGAACUGCUUUGAUGGGAGUGACGAAAACGAGGAGAUAUGCGGCACUUCGAUCUUUUCUCCGGGUCAAUGUCUCGAGCCUUUCUUUUUCAAAUGCUCCUCUCACGAGUGCAUCCCUCAAAUCUUUGUCUGUGACGGCAUUGCCAACUGCUUGGAUAAAUCAGACGAAAGCGAGUGUGGCUCCCCUGAUGUUUCCCGGGUGCCUCCCAAAAGCGUGUUUCCCACUUGUUCCCCUGGACAAUUCACGUGCGGAGAUAGUGUUUAUUGUAUACAAGCAGAAUGGACCUGUGAUGGAACACUGGAUUGCAGCGAUGGGUCGGAUGAAACAUGGGAUCUCUGUGGUCGGCCGGUAUGCCCACCACCGAAGCAACCCUGUGCCGAGGGAGGGGGAUGUGGCACCCUGUGUGACCUCUGGCCCGAGUGUGUUAAUGGAGUUGAUGAAACUAAUUGCACAUGUGACAUCCUGAGGAAUGACAAUGCCGACGAAGUCGUUCAAAAAGUCAUCUGCAACGGUGUUUCUUCUAGAGAUUUUUUUUAUGCCACUGAGUACCUGUACAAGGCAUCCUGUGGUAAAAAACGUGGCGAUACCGUAACCCCCUUUUAUAGUUGCAGUAGAGGAUUCGACUGCUUCCACCCUACAACUAUGCUGCCUGAGCCUUGCAAAGCAGCGUUCUCUGAGUGCUACACUGCGCCUAAUGGGUGGGAUUACAGGGGAACAAGAACCACUCCUGGCUGCCUGCCUUGGUCAGACCCAAGGGUGGCCGGGCACAACUACACGGGACUGAUCUACAGGGAGCUGGAGGGAGUGGAACAGGGCUCCACGGUAGGGCACAAUUUCUGUCGGAACCCAGGGGGCCACAGACUGGUACCCUGGUGUUUCGCAGAAAAUGAGAACGGGUCUCUAGGAUACCAAGACUGCAGUCUGACAACGCGUUCGGAGAUACCUUGUCAUGUGGAGUCAUUCAGGGUGGAACUGUCGCAAAAUGGUAGCGAUGGCCGCCCCACACAGGGGCGAGUCGAGGUAAGCUUCCGGACGGGCGCCGUCGGCACAAUUUCCGACCCGGACUGGACUAUCGACGACGCCAACGUCGUGUGUCGGCAACUGGGGUUCCCGGCCGGGGCGCUUGCGAAUGUAACGGCCGACUUUUGGCCCGCUACAGGACGCGUGCUACUGAAGGACGUGCAGUGCAUGGGCUGGGAGGAAAACCUCAUCGAUUGCUUGUACAGCUUGGCAACCGACCAGGACACCAACCAUACGUACGAUGUGGGUGUGGCUUGUAUUGACACAAAUGAAUCAUUACCAGCAGCUCCAAGGAGAGAGAGGAGAGACUUGUCUUUAGUUGCUGUCACCGAGGCCGAAGCUUGCCCGUUUUGCUCAUUGGAGCGUGAAACUCACCGGACACCUUCUGGCUGUGGUGAGGGUAGUUUCCGUUGUGGCAGUGGGGAAUGCAUCCGCUAUUGGCAGACCUGUAACAAGUUCCCCGAUUGUCUGGAUGCCAGUGAUGAAUGGCUACCAGAAUGUACAGAGGAAAUUGUGUGUGGCCAACGGAAGUUCCAGUGCAAAGAGCCAAGACGAGACGGAUCGGUCAGGUGCAUCAGCCAAAACUUCGUCUGUGACGGUUACAACGAUUGCGGUCAGGCAUCGUUGAGACGGAGCCGUGCAGUGAAGACUUCAGACGAAAUGCGAUGUCCACUUCAAAACGAGGAACCACCUAAGAACUACUACCGAUGUCGAGGCGGCGUGGAGUUUAUCCACGAGUACGACGUGUGCAACACUGUAGAAGACUGCCGUUUGGGUGAUGACGAAGCAAACUGCCCCUUGUCAGGACGACGUGAACCGUUCAAGGACGUUUUCCGUCAACCCUUAUGGUAUUUUCGGUAUCGGAAAUUGGUACCGGAGGACCACCACUACCUGUUCGAGAAUUUCCCCGCACAGUUCAGGGUGCCCCCGUUUGGCCGCGUCAAAGGCGAAGACCCGGCAGACUGGAACGGUUUCGUCACGUUCAGCGCCACGCCCGACUACAGCGACCUUGUCGACGUGCCAAAGCUUACCAAGGAUGAGGUCAGUCAGUACGGACACCAGAAGGAAGAUUUCAUCCUGCAGUGCACAUACGAACAGACAAAAUGUAACAUCAGCAAUUUCGAGACAAUUCAAGACGAUACCUAUGGCAACUGCUUCACUUUCAACGCUGACAUUGAGAAGCCGAUCACUGCAUCCAAAACAGGCGCCAGAUAUGGUCUUCAAAUGACACUCUUCCUGGAGCAGGACGAGUACAUCGGCAUUUUUGGACCAGAGGCCGGGGCUAGAGUAUCUAUCAACCCCCCACACAUCAGGCCAAGCCCAACUAAUGAUGGAAUCACGGUCAAGCCUGGAACGGUCACAUCCGUCGGUCUCAGAUACAAUUAUGUGCUUCGUCAAGGGCGACCCUAUGGAAAGUGCUUGAAGAGAAUAAGGAACACCAAAAUUAUUGCUGACGGUAGAAUCAAAGUCUCUUCAUCCGACCAUUACGACCGAGAGCUGUGUAAGAAAACGUGUAUUCAUGAGGCCAUUCUGAAAAACUGCGACUGUGUAGAUACUCUGGAACUCGACGGGCCUCGAUGCCGGCUGCUAAACGAGACUCAAGAAGUGUGCAGGCAACUUAUCUACUACCUCAAUCAGCAUAACAAUUUAAGUUGCGACUGCCCCGAACAGUGCAGUGAGGUGUAUUACACAAAAACAAGUUCGAUGUCCAAGUGGCCAUCCAAAAAAUUCACAAAACACCUGUUACGAAACAUCAAUUCAAUCAAUGAAAAGACUCGGCAAUUAAAUGAAGAAAAUGUUUUUGACAAUAUUGCCCGGCUUGAAGUGUUCUAUGAGGAGUUGAAUUACGAGAGCACCAAAGAAGUGCCAGCAUACCCGGAGAGUUCCCUGUUUGGAGACAUCGGCGGAAUUGUAGGCCUUUACAUCGGCUUCUCUCUCAUCACAGUGUGCGAAUUCAUCGCUCUCUUCCUGAAACUCAUCAAAAAGUCUUGCUGCAAUAGGGCCCUCAGGAUCUAGUGUUAAAGGAAUACAAACCACAUCCACUAGAAACAGGAAAAAUGGAUAGUGGACGUGGAGUGUCUUGAAGUACGUGAUAACAAAACAAGCAAAACACCUCGAAGAAAAGGCUUAUGUCCCAUUUUAGUUAGUGAAAUCUCAUUUAUGAAUCUGUCACUUGAACUCGUGGGUAGCAAAAUCUCAGGCCAAUAGGCCUAUGCAGAACCGAGUACAGCUUCCAGUUUGAUACAGCAGAUUCACCAUCUGUGUCAGAUCAACGUCAAAUGUCAAAUUGAGGCGCAAUGAUCCUAAUACAUGUAGUGUACAUAUUUCAGUAAUAUUGGUUUGUAAGCACAGGUUGAAGGAGUGCUUCAACAAAAUCACUGUAAUUACAGUAUACAUGGAAUAUGAAUACGUGUACACUUUUGUUACAAGAACUUCACCAAAUGCUUGGCUCCAGUUCACAAAUCAAAUACUCCCGAAAGUCCGAAAUAGGGACCAGAUAGCAAUGACUUACUGAAUUGAAAGUAAUGUUGUUGGAAUGUGUAACAAUUACUCAUCCUGUCAGAAAGGCUGUUAUGAAUUGUUUGAAUUUGCAAUAAACACUAGUUCAACCCGUCAAAACCAUUGUUUACAGACCUGCCUCAGAAAAAAUCGUGGAGUACACAUGUUUCCCACCCGUUAAGGGCCUUUCAAUUACAUUCAAAGUUUUUCUAAAAUUAAUGUAACAAUCUGGAGGUUAACAUGUGCAUGAAAAAUUGACUGAACAUUUGCACCAAGAUCUUUCAGUGUUCGAGCGUUCGUGAGUUUGAUGUUUUUUAAAGAAAUGAAUGCAUUUUUACAUUGUUAACUAAUGACACUGUUGUUGUCUAGCCAAGUCCAUCAAAGGUUCGUGAAAAUCCACAUCAGAGGUCCAUUAAAAUAAUGUCAAACACUGUUCACGUGAUCUUUAACAAAAUAAUUCUUUAUCACUUCAUUGGACGCUACUUCUGGGUGGAAAUUGGGGGAAAAACCCGUGUAGAACCUGACUGCAACGGUGAUUGACACUUUUGACUUCUACGCAUUUUUAGCAGUUAGAAUCUUGAUAAUUAACUAAUGAAAUAAUAAUUCAUGUAUUAAGUGUUUAUUUCAAACAACGUAGAAAGGGUUAGGUAUUCAGUAGUAAGGAUUUAAAUAAUCUUUGAAUGUGUUUUGGCGGUAUAUAUCUUUCUCUUCGAAACAGCACUGCCGCUCUUUAUACGAAGUGAUAUUGUCAACAACGUCAUGAAGGCAUCUGCUGGAAAUCUUGGGAAAUUGGAAGCUUUCUGCACUAACUGUUUGUCAUGCCGCAUUUUGUUGCAAACUUCAAGCCCUGACUAACGGCUGAUGAAAAUAUGGAACUGUUAGCUAAUAAAACAGUUGAAUAUAAUGAACUUUAUUUACAAAACAGUGAAUUGUGAUCCCUUUUAACCAGUUACUGUCUUUCUAUUUCUAUUUACAUUGUGAGAAAAGCCUUCCGUAAUUGUAAUUUUAUUUCACUUUUGAAUAAUUGGUGGGCCUUUUUUCAAUUUGUUGUGUUUGGUAAUUUGUCUAAACUUAAAAAUAAACAAGAUCAAGUUUUGAAAGAUAUGAUUUUCCUAUGAAGUUUAAAGUUAAUCAAAUUUGUUACCGUGAUUUUAUUUCAAGGCCUGACGCGUGUUGGCCUGCAUGCCUGAAAACGCGAAUGGAAAAAGUUAACAUUCUUUACUGAAUUGUCUCAGGGGAAGCAUUCCGCGAGAAUGGCUUGUCUGAUUAACAUACCAAUUGUGUCAAAAUGAUCGUUGGAUAUUAUUUAAAUCCCCUAUGCGGGUUCAACACCUAAAAACUGAAUUUCAAUCACUGAAUAACGAUUUUUGCAAACAAAUUAAACGUUAGGCGCACUGUCACUGAAAUCAUUUUAAACUAACAGUCGAUGCAAUCUUUGCAGUAAAGGUCCUAUACACAACAGGCAGCCUCUAACAACCUGUACAUUAAAACUCUUGUAUUUCCAUUCUAAACAUUUUCCAUGAAAAAGCAGAAAAUAUGUUCUAUCUAUAUAAAAGCCAUUUUCAUUUAGUUCAUUAAACUCUGAGUUCUAGGUUUUUAAAGUUCAAAAAUUACUGCAAAAAUACAAUACAGGGCCACACUAUUGAGGCUUUAAUUAAGCUAGUACUGAAGAAAGGAUUUCAAAAACCAAGGGCUAUUAACAUGCUUCGCUUCGUGGAGUUAAAACUUCGAAAGAUAAAGUGAGCGUUCGUAAAACUGUGUUGUUAUUUUUGGAGAAAAUAUUUUAUUAUUAGUUAUUUUUUUAAUUUUUUGUAAUUUAUUGUUGAAACUGCAAACUUUGAGCAUUUUCUAAUGGGAAAUCAGACACGCUACAACUUCCAAAUGUUGAAGAAAAUCGAAAAGCCCUUAAAAUUUGAAUAAGCAAUAGAGAAACCUUCUAAAAUGUACACAAUACAAUUUAAAAAUUUAAAAAUGUAAUGCUUCAACUCUGACUUAUACCUCCAAACGUGUCAUCGGAUACGGUAACUUUUAGACUGACGAGUUAAAUUCAUGUCAUUGUGUUGCAUCUUUGCAGUGAGCGGUAUGAACUAAAUGUACUGAUAAGAAUGACGCUAGUCAAGAUAUUAACGCCUCCACCGUUCAUCGUUGCCUUCAGAAUUUGACAUGAAUGGUUAAUACAUCAGCCACUCCAAUGUCUGCAAAUAAAAACAGGAAAAUAACUCACGAGGAAGCGUCUGUUUCACACGAGGAC